AUGUCUGAUGGCCUGCGGAUUAGGUCCGGCAAGCAGCAUAUCGAAUCGCUCCUCCAGGCCUUCGACCUGAUCAUCUUUGUCGAACUAGCCAUAAGCCAAUACCUUGAUAACCUCACACUUCUCCUCGUACGCGCGUUCGUCCAAUUCGCCUAUGUACAACGCCACAAGCUUCCUGGGGGUCAUGAGACGACAACACAGAUCGUACCGGUGAUCAUAGUAAAUGCGAUCUGCAUUAUAACGCAUAUCCUUCAUGCUGCACCAGAGGCGGCUAAUAAGGCGUCGCAUGGGUACAUGCAUGGAGGAGCUAUCUUGGACCUGAUUGGAGAGAGGCCGUGCUCGAAAUGGCGGCUUAUUGGGCAAGAUCUGUUGAUAUUUGGGCUACAAUUGCUGAUGCUGGCUGUUGGGCACGAGCAGACCGCGGAACAGGACCGCAAGCGAGGCACGACUACGACACAGGACUUGGACGCUGAGGAGGCAGGCAUGCGACGAUCUCAGGAAGGCGCAACAGCCGCCCCAGUCGAGGAGCCCACGGAACCGCGUGGGAGUGAGGGAGGCAUCGAGAUGCAAAGCUUUUUGCCAGCCACGGAAGGCGCGGUCACUACGGCCGUUGACUCGGACGACGACCUCAUCCUCACACUGAACGUCCGGCGCAGCCUAAAGGGUCUGAUCACGCGGAAUAGCCAGAGGCCGCCUGCCGAGGACGGUGAAGGCAGCAGUGCCAUAGAUAGCGCUGCUGAGAGGGUCGACGCAUUGCGAUUGCUGCUGCAGCGUGUUGCAGGAAGUCGUGGCUGA